GCUGGCCAGCUUGCCUGCCUGCCUGCCUGAUAGACAGCUCUCUACACGCACUCGGCUCAACACAAUGGAUCUCGGCGACGAAGGGAGUUCGCCGUGGGGCGAUGUGCCUUCGCGGUCUCCACCGCCCCAGGUGCCCACGAUAACCCAGGAGAACGAGUCUGCAUCGCAAUCCGAUGCGCAGCCUACCGCGGCAUCUGCGCCCAAUGCCUCGGCCGCACCCCGCUCACCCGCCGCACGAGGGCCGCGAAGGAAACAGUACGGCGCGCAGGCGACGAAGCUCGAGGCCGUAGAGGAUCCCCUGGGGCCUCUAGGGGCGCCUUUGGGCGGCUCGACCCCCGGGCCAGAAGCGCCGCCCGCGCCGCCGCAGAAAGAACAGGCAGGACGAAAUACUGCUGCUGCUGCUGCCGCUGCCGCCGCCGCCGCCGCUGCCGCCGCUCCACUGCCCUCCGCAUCCAUCCCGUCGCUGCAGAACACGCUCGACUCGGUCAAUCUGGACGACGAUGACGACGACAAGCCGCUCGCGCGGGGCCCACGAGUACCGCCGCCCGUCCAGCCGCCCACAGCAGCCGCGCCCGCCCGCCACACGCAGCCGAGCGUCAGCAUCGAGCAGGCAGCGAAGCCUACCUUCAGCAUCUAUGUGGGAGAUCCGCACAAGGUCGGGGAUCUGACGAGCUCGCAUACCGAGUACUCUGUCAUGACCAAGACCACCUCUAAGGGGUACCGCAACUCGGAAUUUACCGUCUCCCGCCGCUACCGUGACUUUCUAUGGCUGUACAACCAGCUACACAGCAACAAUCCUGGCAUAAUUGUUCCACCGCCUCCAGAGAAGCAAGCCGUUGGUCGUUUCGAUACCGAUUUUGUCGAGUCGAGACGUGCGGCUCUGGAGCGCAUGUUGAACAAGAUUGCCGCCCACUCCGUUCUGCAGCACGACGGCGAUCUCAAAAUCUUCCUCGAGAGCGAUGCUUUCAAUGUCGACAUCAAAAACAAGGAGCGCAAAGACCCCGGCCUAGGCGAGAGCAAAGGCAUGUUCGGUUCGAUGCUAGGCGGCAGCAGCGGCAAAUUCAUUGAGCAUGACGACUGGUUCCACGAACGCAAAAUCUAUCUCGACGCGCUCGAGAACCAAUUGAAGGCUCUGCUUAAAGCGACCGACACGGUGGUGGCACAACGGAAAGGACUGGCCGAAGCAUGCGGGGACUUCUCGGCCUCGCUACACUCGUUGUCCACCGUCGAGCUAUCUCCGUCUUUGUCCGGUCCGCUUGACAGCUUGUCAGACAUUCAGAUCCGGAUACGGGAGCUUUACGAGCGCCAAGCUCAGCAGGAUGUGCUUACAAUGGGCAUAGUCAUUGACGAAUACAUUCGCUUGAUAGGAUCAGUAAAGCAAGCGUUCCUGCAAAGGCAAAAAUCUUACCACACGUGGCACGCUGCCGAAGCCGAACUUCACAAGCGUAAGACAACGCAAGAUAAGCUGCUGAGGCAAGGACGCUCGCAACAGGAUCGUCUGAACCAACUCAGCGCCGAUGUUGCGGAUGCGGAGCGGCGCGUUCAUCAGGCGAGAUUAUUGUUUGAAGACAUGGGCCGCUUGAUGAGAAGUGAACUGGAGCGUUUCGAACGGGAAAAAGUCGAGGACUUCAAGUCUGGCGUGGAGACAUAUCUGGAAAGCGCUGUGGAAGCGCAGAAAGAGCUCAUCGAAAUCUGGGAAACAUUCCUCAUGCAACUCGACACUGAGGAGGGUGACACGUUCGUCCCGCCGGCUGGUGUCGUGGCUUCGCCAACCUCGGAACAGCCGCCAUCUACAAAGAACCAAGCUGAAACCGCAGGAUCAGAGACCUCAGAUGCAAGAGAAGUGGCGGUGGCUAUAGGCGAAGCUGAUGCGUGAUUAAGCCACCUUAAAAUAUAAUUUAUACCAUACCCUCGACCAAAGUCUCAUGGGGUUUGCUAACAUGAUUCUGUGGGCUAGACAUGUACGCUUGGCUACACGCGAUGCGUACAAUGUUCGCAAGCCUGUGGGGGGCGGCCAUUCGCAGGAGACAGUAUCGGUUGCGACAGGACCCUGUGUGGCAUGGAUCCUUCGAGGGCGAAGGGUUCGAUGGCACAAGGAGUGUGAGGCGAUUCUCCAAAUGCCUUGAAUCGUAAUAGUCAUUAACAUGGCGAACGGGUUGCAAAGGAAAUCGAAAAAGACGUCCAGACAGAGGUGUUCUGUUUCCUGUGUGGCUCAAAGCUCAUGUAGUGACAUCCUUGUUUGCACCAAUCCAG